AUGACCAUGCAGUCCCUCGAGAGCCCAUCUUCAGGCUGGCGAUGCCAACAAUGCGGACUUCCCGGAGUUCGCGUCUCUGAUGACUCCUCCACCCACGCAUACUUCAAGUGCGUCCCCUGCAAUCGCUCCCUGGGCCUUUGCCCCUGCACCACACCCGGCGCCAGGACGACUUCCACAUGUCCCUGCGGUGAAUCUGUUGGACGCAGUGGCUCCGAGUCCCCGGGUCUCGAGGACGAAGUGCCCCGUGGUGUCUCCAUGUUCUCGACACAGAGGAAGAACAGUCUCAACCCUCACAACCCGGAUGAAGGCUUCGACGAGGACUGGGAGGCGAAUUGCAGCCCUGGUUUCAUGGUGAAGAGGUUCAAGGCCUCGGGCCGGGAGUUCCUUCCUCACUGA